AUGGAUGAGCUUGAACGGCUAUCUCUGGUUUCAAAGGUCUGUGUGGAGCUUGAGAACCAUUUUAACUUAGGAGAUAAAGAUGUAGCCGAAUUCAUUAUUCACCUCGCUACUGAAAACCCCACUUUUGAGAAGUUCAAAAAAGCUCUGGAUGAUGAGGGUUUGGGUGAUCAGUUUGAUUAUUCUCUGAUCGCGAACCUGCUUCGAUUAAUUCAGCAUAUGAUGCCAAAGAAGGCUAAGACCUUAAAGCCGAUGAUCAUCUCAGAUGACAAAGAAUUGAUUAAAGCUCAUCUUCCUGCAUUAGCUAUGCCAAAUACCUCUGCCGAUGCUCUCUUAGAGCAGUUGGAGGGCCUAAUGCCCAAGUGGAAAGAAGAUAGUGACAGUGAUCAUAAGUAUAAUACUGGUGAUAGCAGGAGCAAUGGCAAGGAAAGCAGUAAGAAAAGAGAUAGGAAAAGUAGAAGUAGAGAACGCAGAAGCAGAAGUCGGGAUAGACGGAGCAGAAGUCGGGAUAGACGGAGCAGAAGUCGGGACAGACGGAGCAGAAGUCGAGGCAGAAGAAGCAAAAGUCGAGAGCGGAGGAGACGAAGCAGAAGUAGAAAACGUCAUGGAAGAAGCAAAAAUCCUGUCAUUGGUAAUAUAUAUGAUGGUCGCGUUAAUAGCAUCCAGAGGUUUGGAGCAUUCGUUCAGUUGGAUGGCUUUCGUAGGAAAGUUGAAGGCCUUGUACACAUAUCGCAGAUACGAAAGGAACGUGUUAAUGCUGUAUCUGAUGUUUUAAAUCGAGGAGAGUUUGUUAAAGUCAAGGCUAAAGUGGAUCAGAAAACUGGAGUGGAUUUGAAUCCGAAGGAGCCAUCCUUGCCCAAAGACAGUGUUCUUCCGUGGGACGACAUGCCACAAGCGAGAAACCCAGAAGCUCCUUGGAUGAACCCCAGCGAAGAGUCGACGACUAAAAGCAGAGUUAGGUUAACCACUCCAGAAAGGUGGGAGCUUCGUCAGAUGCAAGGCGGUGGAGCUAUAACGAAUAUGGACUUGCCAGAUUUUGAUGAGGAACUUGGAGUCCUCAAGAACUUUGAUGAAGAAAGUGAUGGCGAGGAUAUUGAGAUCGAACUGGUAGAAGAUGAACCUGCUUUCUUACGCGGUUAUGGCAAACAAAGCGUGAACCUUGAACCUGUAAAGGUGGUUAAGAAUCCAGAUGGAAGCCUUGCCCAAGCUGCAUUAAUGCAGGGCGCUCUAGCUAAGGAGAGACGUGAACAAAAGGUACAAGCCCAACGCGAAGCAGAAUCUCAAAGUCAGCGCAGCGGGCUUUCGUCCACAAUGCGCAUUAACGACCCUAUGGCAGACCUUUCGCAAGAUUCCGUAGCGAUGGAAGAGAUGCCUGAGUGGAGGAGGCAUAUAACUGCUGACGGUAAAGCAUCUCACGGAAAAAGGACCAAUCUUUCAAUAAAAGAGCAGCGAGAGUCUCUUCCCAUAUUUGCAUUGAAAAAGGCUUUAUUGGAAGCGGUCGCCGCUAAUCAGAUUUUAGUUGUUAUUGGUGAGACAGGGUCUGGAAAGACUACACAAAUAACCCAGUACUUGAUUGAGGCCGGCUAUGCUGGGCGAGGACGUAUUGGAUGCACUCAACCACGACGCGUGGCAGCUAUGUCAGUAGCGAGACGUGUAAGUGAAGAGUUUGGAUGUCGUUUAGGUUCAGAAGUGGGCUAUACGAUUCGUUUUGAAGACGUUACCAGCUCCGACACGAUUAUCAAGUACAUGACAGAUGGUAUGUUACUUCGGGAAUGCCUGUUGGACCCCGAUUUGAAAGCGUAUUCAGUGAUAAUGUUGGACGAAGCUCAUGAGAGGACUAUUAAUACGGAUGUUCUGUUUGGUUUGUUAAAAGCAGCAGCCAAAAAAAGACCUGAAUUGAAGCUUAUAGUCACGAGUGCUACUCUUGAUAUGGAGAAAUUCGCGCAGUAUUUUAAUAAUGCUCCUAUAUUCAUGAUUCCGGGGCGGACAUUCCCAGUCGAAGUAUUGUAUACUCGUGAACCUGAAACUGACUAUCUGGAUGCAGCUCUCAUUACUGUAAUGCAGAUUCAUUUAACAGAGCCUCCUGGAGACAUACUUGUAUUCUUAACGGGCCAGGAGGAAAUCGACACCUCUUGCGAGGUACUUUAUGAAAGGAUGAAGAGUUUGGGACCGGAUGUUCCUGAACUGAUUAUUCUUCCUGUCUACAGUGCUCUUCCCAGUGAAAUGCAAACUAGGAUUUUCGAGCCUGCUCCUCCUGGAAGUAGAAAAGUUGUUAUUGCUACGAACAUUGCUGAAACAUCGUUAACUAUCGAUGGUAUAUUUUAUGUUGUUGACCCAGGAUUUGUAAAACAAAAAAUUUAUAAUCCUAAAAGCGGCAUGGAUUCACUUGUUGUUACACCGAUAUCCCAAGCACAGGCAGUUCAGAGAGCUGGCCGGGCUGGUCGUACAGGGCCUGGAAAGUGUUAUAGGCUUUAUACAGAAAGAGCAUUCAGGGAUGAAAUGCUUCCUGUCCCUGUACCGGAAAUUCAGAGGACAAAUCUUGCUUCUACUUUGUUGCAGCUGAAAGCUAUGGGGAUCAACAACUUAAUCGACUUUGAUUUCAUGGAUGCACCUCCUUUAGAAGCUAUGAUUACAGCCCUUACUCAGUUGCAUACGCUUAGUGCCUUGGAUGAUGAUGGUUUACUAACACAGUUAGGUAGAAGGAUGGCUGAAUUUCCUCUCGAGCCCAGCCUUGCAAAGCUGUUAAUUAUGUCUGUAGAACUGUGCUGUUCAGACGAAGUUUUGACCAUUGUAUCUAUGCUCUCCGUGCAGAAUGUUUUUUAUCGGCAGAAGGAUAAACAAGAACUAGCUGAUCAAAAAAAGUCUAAGUUUCACCAACCUGAAGGUGACCACUUGACUUUAUUAGCAGUAUACAAUUCAUGGAAGAUUCAUCACUUUUCUCAACCGUGGUGUUAUGAAAACUUCGUGCAGAUUCGGACGUUGAAAAGAGCGCAGGAUAUUCGGAAACAAUUGCUGAGUAUAAUGGAUCGCCACAAAUUAAACACUAUUAGUUGCGGCAAAGACGUGCAGCGUGUUCAGAAGGCAAUUUGUUCAGGCUUUUUCCGUAAUGCCGCGAAGCGUGACCCACAGGAGGGAUAUAGGACCUUGGUUGAUGGCCAAAAUGUUUAUAUUCAUCCGUCUAGCGCCUUAUUCCAAAAUCAACCUGAGUGGGUUGUGUAUCAUGAAUUGGUUAUGACAACGAAGGAAUACAUGCAUCAAGUCACUUCUAUUGAUCCAAAGUGGCUUGUUGAAUAUGCUCCCUCAUUCUUCAAGAUGGGUGAUAAUACAAAACUUUCUGCCUUCAAAAAGAAUCAGACAAUACAGCCGCUGUACAAUAAAUAUGAAGAUCAGAACGCUUGGCGUAUUACGCGGCUCAAAAAGAAAAUAUAUAAUCCAAAUCGUUAA